UUACCAAUUUCAUUAUCAUGAAUAUCAAGAUUCAAACCUACAUUGAAAUGAAAACUCCUUCGGCAACUCUAUCAUGGGAAGUUCUUAUCCUCGUGGCACAUCACCUUGACCCCAAAACAUUAGCCAUAGCUUCAUGCGUAUCAAAAUCAUGGCUACAUUCUAUGUCCUCUGAUCAACUUUGGAAACCAAUCGUAACAGCCAAUUUCCCCUCUCUUUCCACUCUUCCAUCCGCUGUCUCAUACUGCCGGUUGUACGCAUUAGGCCACUCUACUGCCAUCCGCCGCCGUCAGAUCCCUUCAAAGCCGACCCUCUCCCUCAGUGACCUCGUCUUUGCGGUCUCCAUUACUUCGAAGUGUAACUUUUGCGUGGUGGCCGCCGCAUCCAGGUCUGUGGACGCUCUGGUGAUGGAUCCUCCCGGCGUGUUUAGUUUUGGUGUUGGUUUCGAGGACUGUGUAUUGAGGAAGAACGAGGGUUUGGAGGAGGUGGUUAGGGUUACGUGGAAUGUGGUGGUGAAAGGAUGGAGAGGAGUUUUCACUUUGAUGGAUUGUGAGAGGAAGGUGAGGUUUGUGGGUGGUGGUGAGGAGUGGUUUUCAGAGGAGCUUCCGGCGCCGAGCUGUUGUUCAAAAGUGGUGGCGAGUUCAGUGGUGGCGGAUGUGAAGGUGGUGAUGUGUGAUGAUGGUGGUGGGAAAGUGAGGGUGGAGAAGGUAAGCAUGGGGAUUUUGAGUGUUGUUGAUUGGAGAAGUUGAAGGUUGGAAGAUUUAACUCUUUUGGGGGAUAAAGUCCCUUUGGUUCAAUUAGCCUGGUUACUCUUCAUUCGACUUUUUGGUUGGGAGGUUCCCCUAAUUCUUAUUAUUUGUCUUCUUUCGGGCCUCGAUGAGUCUACCCUUCACAUGAUGGAUCCAUAUCUAUCUUCUUUUUUACUUUGGCCAAUAAUUCAUUAAAAGAUUAAGGAUGU